UACUAAAAAUAGUACAGACUAGGUGUGGUAAAAAUAGAAUUUGUCCAAAUUUUGACUCAAAAAUGUAAAUUUAAUCACUAUAAAAGUCUCGCAAUGUGGAAUUACAUUAGACGAUAUGCCGUUGAAGACUACAGGUCGUGAAUAAUUUAGCUUUAAAAAACUGAAACAUGUCUGGUGAACAUAAAACUGUGAUAAAAGGGAACUCGUCUAAAUAUGUGAAGCUGAAUGUUGGGGGUUCCCUUCAUUACACGACGAUAGGGACCCUUACAAAACAAGACACGAUGCUCCGAGCGAUGUUUAGUGGCCGCAUGGAGGUUCUUACAGAUUCAGAAGGUUGGAUACUGAUUGAUAGGAAUGGCCAGUAUUUUGGAUACAUUGUCAAUUUUCUCCGGGAUGGAACUGUGGCAUUACCAGACAGCAGGAGGGAAUUACUGGAGCUGCUACAAGAAGCUAAAUAUUUCCUUGUACAAGAUCUCGUCAAACUGGUUGAAGCACAUUUAAAGAGACUAGGGAAGGAUGAUGUGGAACCGAUGUGUCGUAUACCCCUGGUUACUUCACAGAGGGAAGAACAAAGUCUCAUCUCUACUACUGUAAAGCCGGUGAUCAAACUGAUUUGUAACAGACACAACAACAAGUACUCCUACACACCGAACUCGGAUGACAAUUUUCUGAAGAAUUUAGAGCUAUUUGAUAAACUGGCACUGAGAUUCAGUGGGCGUGUUCUCUUCCUGAAAGACGUUCUGGGAAGCAGUGAAAUCUGUUGUUGGUCAUUCUAUGGUCAUAAUCAGAAGAUAGCGGAGGUGUGCUGUACCUCCAUCGUGUAUGGUGAACAGAAAAAACAUACCAAGGUUGAAUUCCCAGAAGCUAAGAUCUAUGAAGAGGCGUUAAAUUGUCUGUUAUAUGAGAAUCGUCACUCGAGACCGGAUGCUGAGCUUAUGAAAGCUACACGCGGGUUUGGAACAAACACUGGGGCAACAGGGUACCAGAGUGACGAAGAAAUAGAGGAAAUGGCACGUGUUCGUACAAACAGAAAAUAAAAAAAUGUGUUGGAAGUAAAAGGAAGAUGUGCAUAAUACUGAUAUUGCAGACUUAAGAAUGGAAUUUAACUUGGUAAAAAGUUGAGAAAGGAUGAUUUAUGUCCUUCCUAAGGACUUGUGAUUGUUUCCAGUUAUUAUUUGCAGUUUAGAGUAUAUAUUGUUAAAGCGCUUUUAGUGAUUUUGUGAUAUAUUUCACUGACGAGGCCAGUAAAGGUGAGUUUGAGAAAUGUGCAAUUUUUGAAGAAUGCAUGGGAGUUAAGUUAAGACAUUAAAUAAAUUAGCAUAAACUUUAUUGGUCUAGCUUUUGUUUUAUUGUUGUCUUGUUUCAUUCUGUAUUAUUGUAAGAAUUAUAGUUUGAAGACUUCAAGAUAUUAUAAGUUAAUAUUUGAAACAUUGUCUUGUUGGCUAGAAGAGUUGGUGUUUGAAUGUCCAGGAUCUACUUGUUUAAAUGACAAUAUAUUUCCAACCACGAAAAUCCCUCCUUGGCCAGCUUUCACUUUAAUGUGAUUUUUUGAAAUGAUUGAAAAUAACACAUGUACUUGAAACCCAUUUAACAUUACCAGUAUUUAUAUUUUUUGUAAAAAGGCCUAAAGUAUUUAUUUUGUUGGUUAGAUCGGUCAUAUGAUUAUAUCAUAGAACAAAGAACUAAGAUCAAUAAAACAUAGAAUUCUGUUUUCUUAACAGCCUAAGGAAAAGUUGAUGAACUUUGAGAUGUUUUACCAGAGUUAGGAUCUAAAGAAGCAUAUAUAAUAAAAAAAAAUUUAGCGCCAGAAAAAGGAAGUUUUUACAGUAAAUUCCAUUAUUAAGGUCCCAUGAUAUUGCAUUUUUUUUAGUGAGUAUAAACUUUUAAUUUUAACUUCUAGCUCAGUUAUGACCUAAAUAUAUAUUUUUUAAUGGGAAUGGGGGUGCAGUGUUUAAUAGGGGAGGGCAUUUAUCAGGGAAUAUAUGGUAUAUCGUGAAGGGUUGGAUGUUAUAUAUAAUAAAUAUUAAAGAGAUAUUUAAUUUACAAGUAUGAUAUUAGAUUGAAUUUUUGCAUCUUUUUAUCCUUAAAUCUAGUAUGACUUUCUUAAUUACUUUUAUGUUCAUUAGAGUUUGUUUGACUUCUGUCUGGUCCUCAUUAUAAUACAAAAGUGUGAAAUUUCAUAUUUUGAUUAAAAUAAAAGAGAUUUUAUAAAAGAAAAUUCUCUAUAAAAAUAGUCAUUUUUGUCUUUAAUGUGAUAUCUAAAUUCAUGUAUUCACUAAAUGAUUGUGUUGCAGCUGUUGGUUUUCUGUUGACUGGAAUGUUUCAAUGGCUGUGGUCGUCAGAUGGCUGCAGUCAGUGGUGUGUUUGCUUAAAAUGUUUGUAGUCUGUUUUGAGUUAGAUUGCAGAGAUUGGCCUUAUCUGUUACAUGACCAUGGUGACCAGUGCAGCAUUCUGGUAUUAACUGCCAGUUAACUGUGCAAUAUUUUGCAAAACAAUGUAUUUAUUUUUUGCAGUGAUUUUGAUAUGGAAGCUGUACACUGUUAAAAUAGCAUAAAUUUGGUUUGACUUUGAGUAAAAGAAAUUUUGUGUUUUGUCCCAGUCUGGUGACGUUAAGAAAUAUUUUGAGCCGCGCCACGAGAAAACCAAAAUAGUGCAUUUGUGACCAGCGCGGAUCCAGACCAGCCUGCGCAUCUGCGCAGUCUGGUCAGGAUUCAUGCUGUUGGCUUUCAAAGUUUUUUGCAAUUAGAGAAACCGUUAGCGAACGGUAUGGAUCUUGACCAGACUGUGGAUGUGCAGGCUGGUCUGGAUCCAUGCUGGUCGCAAAUACACUAUGUUGGUUUUCUCAUGGUGCAGCUCAUUUGGCAUUAAAUGCUAAAACAAUGUAUGCCAGUGUGGUGUGUGAUCUGCAGAGAAUGUGUGCAUAUUUUUGCUUGUUUUUUGGGAACUGUUGUAGUUUAAACAGUAAAUAGAUCUGUUAGAUUUUCAACUACUGGAGAGUUUAUUUGUCUGUUUUUGUUAAGUUAGUGGCUAUUUUAGUAUUUUACUGACUCAACCAUGAAACUGAUUGUUGGCAAUUAUUAAGCAAUUAAGAAGAGUUUGAAGACCACUCUAAUAUCUACAGCCUCUGAUUGGUUGAUUCCUAGCUUAGUCUUGAAAUUGACCAAUGACAUGGCUGCAUUCAUACACUGGUUUAUACCCUGUGAAAGAUAUUUAAUGAGUAACUGUAAUCACCAUUAAUUUCAGAUUAAUGACUAUUCUGACAUUUAGACCAUAAUAGAUUAAUUCCUACAUUAUCACCUCUUUUUUAUGCUGCCCCGACCUUUUUUAUUUCUCUCCCCACCCCCAAAAAAAUGUACGAACCGCGGAAAGGUCCCAUAUAUCUAUUUUAAUGCUGCCGCAAAAUAAUCAUGAUAAAGUGUGUCGCAAAUUAAACUCCUCCGAUUGAAGAGCAUUGUUGUAAAAUAACAACUUUCCUUAUGGUUUUAAUUAUCAUAUUGGUUUUUCAAUGUGAAAAAAAAACUCUCAAAGACUGGUUUGGUUGCAAUAAUUCCGAUGCUAACCCGUCACUGGACCUAUAUAAUGACAUUAUUUCGGGCAGUCUAGAUCAUUAAGGGUCAAAUGAUUGGGGUGAAACCAGCUGCAUACAAGCGUUUGUUGGUCGAUCUAAAGUUGGUCCAUCACAAAUGCAUAGGUGGAAAAAGGAAGUCUACAGGCUUUUACUUUAUUCUGUUUUUGCAGUUUCUCUUGACUUGUACUCGGGGGUUCGAUUUAUAAAAAAAUAGCUGUCAUUUUGAAUAUAAAGUGCUUGAUUUUGUCAGUUUAAACUUGAUAUUUCUCAUGUUGAGAAAAAGGCCCCUUCAGUUGAAAUCCUAGGAGUCUGUAUGUACACUUGUGCUAAUUUCAAGAGUCAAAAUCCCUACUCCUGGGUCAAGUGGAACCCCUGCGCUCUGUUGUUUUAAAAAUAAAAAAUAAAAUUCUCCCCCCGCCCCCAUUUAAACAAAAUUCGGGUGAUAAUCUAGAAUUAAUUUAUUAUGGC